CGUCAGCAGAGCCCUCCCUGCGCACUAGUGUCUGCGCAAGAAAAGGUGAAAAGGUACUCUUCAUUUUGUGCUGCGACAUACAAGACCCCUAUUCAUCAUGCCUGGCCCUCAGUUCUACCAGUAUUUGAGCAAGGAGCAGGAGAAGGAGUUGGCCAGGAUAGCCAAUGCCAUCGUUGCACCUGGAAAGGGAAUCCUUGCAGCUGAUGAAUCCACAGGAACUAUUGGGAAGCGUUUUUCUCCUAUCAAUGUGGAGAACACUGAAGAAAAUCGCCGUCUGUAUCGACAGCUCCUGUUCACAGCCCCCAAGGAGGCAGCAGAGCACCUGAGUGGAGUGAUCAUGUUUCAUGAGACACUGUACCACAAGACAGACGAUGGCACCCCAUUUGUGAAAGUGUUGAAAGACAGUGGAAUCAUCCCUGGCAUCAAGGUGGACAAAGGUGUUGUUCCACUAGCAGGCACUGAUGACGAGUGCACAACACAGGGUCUUGAUGGACUGGCAGAGCGUUGUGCUCAGUACAAGAAGGAUGGCGCCGACUUUGCUAAAUGGCGUUGUGUGUUGAAGAUCAAGCCACAAUGUCCUUCAUACCAGGCUAUGCUUGAAAAUGCCAAUGUGUUAGCUCGCUAUGCCAGUAUUUGCCAGCAGAAUGGUCUUGUUCCCAUUGUUGAACCAGAGGUGUUGCCAGAUGGAGACCAUGACUUGGAGACUGCACAGAGAGUUACAGAGCAGGUCCUUGCAUUCACCUACAAAGCACUGUCUGACCAUCAUGUGUUUUUGGAGGGAACACUCCUCAAGCCCAACAUGGUGACUGCAGGAUUCAGUUGUUCAAAGAAGUACACAGCAGAAGACAUUGCCAGGGCAACAGUAACUACCCUGGCACGUACAGUACCAGCAGCUGUACCAGGCAUCACAUUCUUGUCUGGUGGUCAGUCUGAGGAAGAAGCUUCAGUGAAUUUGGAUGCCAUCAACAGAUUCCCAGGCAGACGUCCCUGGGCCUUGACCUUCUCCUAUGGUAGAGCACUGCAGGCCAGUGUGCUCCAGGCUUGGGGUGGAAAGAAGGAGAAUGUUCCAGCAGCACAACAGGAGUUGGUCAAGAGAGCCACGGCUAAUGGAAAUGCUGCCCUUGGGAAGUAUAGUGGAGGUGAACAGGGAGCUGCUGCUGGCAAGUCACUCUUCGUUGCUGGACAUGCUUACUAAUUUCCCAUUAUUUCCCAAAAAUUAUUUGCAAAGACACUCAAUGUUUACCUCCCAACAGUUAUUAACUUGUCGAAUUUGUGAAAUUCAGAUGUGAAGAGCAUUGGACUUUAUGAAGUGCUUUGGAUCCAUUUAAUGUUGUAAAAUAUCAGACUUCUAAUUAUGCUGGCACAAAAUGCUUCUGUGCGUAGAUAACAAAAGGAUAUAGACUCAUAAAUGUUCAAAAGAUGCACUACUUUGAUCAAAUGGUUCCAGCACAGAAAUAACAUUACAUAUACUAAAAGGGCGUUUUCUUAGAGAUAAUGUAAUUUUAAGCAAAUUCUUUGUGGGACUGUGUUUAAACUAGGCAAUGAACUUCUUCCAUGUAUAUGUCUAUCUGCCAAAUAAAUGUGUAAUGAAAGUGGCUCAUUCAA